GUGACUUCGUGCCUAUCAUGCGUGCAUUCGGACAAAUGUGUGGAAUCGACAUCUGGAGCGCUUUGUCUUUGCCAUCAUGGUUAUCGAGGACCGAUCUGUGACGAACCUGGAGAGAUCUGCGAUACUGUUAAAUGUCCCCAAACACAAACGUGUAGACCACUGAUUGCUAUUGGUGAUGCUCAUACAAGAUGCGCAUGUCCAAUAGGACUCACUGGCCCAAAAUGUCGGCAAAGUACUGUAGCAUCCUUAGAUGAGAACAGUCUAUUCAUCCAUCAAAGCCCUAACGUUAUGAUAGGGUCGUCCUCUGGUCCUCUACCAUACGUGCUCAGUGUUUCUAUAAGAACUACUGUACCAACAGCACACAUUGUAUCCGGAGAAAAUAUCUUUGGACAAAGACUUUUUUCGAUAAGUUUAGCUGACGGACGUUUGAUUAUCUCUAUCCAAGGCACAACAUACAGAAAGCUUAUCCCGUACAGCAUCAAUGAUGGCACUUGGUACACGUUUCGCCUGGAGAAGAGUGAGAAUGAUUUGGUCGUUUCGGUUGUGAACGAGGAUGGGUAUCAAUUGCUGCUACAGUCGCUUCCCCGACAAGCUACGUUCGACGUUUUCGCUACUCGCAUUGGCAAAGUCGCCGAAUCCGAGUUUUUUGUGGGCUGUGCGGCCGACUUAGCCAUAGGAGACGUGGAAAUCGACCUCGCUUCAUCCAGCAGAAGUGCAGGAAUAAGUUCAGGUUGCAAGCAUACAGAUCAGUGCUUGCGAAAUCCUUGCCUCAAUGAUGGAGCAUGCGUAGAUCUCUGGACACAUUCAUCCUGUGUCUGUCAACCGCCAUUUUUGCCCCCUCUUUGUAUGCACUCACUGCCUCCUAGUACAUUUGGACAUAACAAUCUGACUUCCACUGCUGUAAUUCAAAUACCCUCCACGAUCUCUCACGAUAUGCGUUACGCCACCAAAAUUCAGCUAAUCCUUCGGUCAAACCAAGCAAAUGAUGUGAUUCUGUUCCUUGGUGAGACAGGCGAUGAAUUGGCUACGUUUACCUCAAUCUCACUAAGGGAUGGUCAUGUAAUUGUUCGAUGUCGCGCUGGAGGUAAAUCAGUGUAUGAGUUGAAAUCCAAAAAAGUAGUGGACGAUAACAAAGACCACAUUGUGCAAGUAAACCGACAAAGACGUCAGGUUAUGCUUCAUAUAGAUGGACAACUCGAUGUGGAGGGCAGCAUUCAGUCAAGAUUUGACCAUCCUGUGUUUGCGGAAAAGUUACAGUUGGGGAACAGCGAAGGUGUAUCUAAAGACGCUUUCACCACUGAUCUAGGAUUCAAA